AAACUAGUAAGAAGAAAACUCCUUCUCCACGGGCUUCUCUGCUGGACUCGCCGGGUUCACUGCGUUCGGCACAGAUGGAAUAAAGCGAGCUGACGGGUUUGAAGGCGCUUGGAUAUGGCACAUACCGUGAAAGCUCCACUCAGGAGGUCUUUUAGCGAGCAUGUGAAGGAUUCCACUAACAAAGCCUGGGAUAUAUUUUGGAAGAGCGCACGUGAAAAACGGCUGUCAGAGAUUGAAGCAAAAGAGGCUUGUGAUUGGCUUCAUGCAGCUGGCUUCCCUCAGUAUGCACAGUUAUUCACCGGUAAAUAUUUAUUUUUGACGUUCCUCAUUGCGGUCUACAAGAAAACGAUCGCAACUUUAAUCGUGCAUCCUAAUAAGCUGCAAAUAUUGUUAUGUUGCAAUUCAAUUUACUUUGUUUGCUUUCCAGAUUGCUGUUUCCCCAUUGACAUAGACUGGGUAAAGAGCGAUCAUGAAUUUCUGGAUAAGGAUGCCAUCGAGUCUCUCUGCAGGAGAUUAAACACGUUAAACAAAUGUGUGGAGAUGAAGCUCGAGUUGAGCCGGUCUAAAAGAAGAGGAGAUGACGAAGAGGAAGAAGACCCUUAUGCCAUCAGUCCAAAAUGGUCAUUCGACAGGAAGAGUAGGCGCUGGAUCCGUGUGGAUGAUGGUGGACUUAGCAGUCCCAUCCCUUGCUUCAGGAGAACAGGAAGCUGUGAGGCGUCUCUUUCUGACAGUGGCGGCGAUUGCUCAUCUCACAGCUCUAGCAAUGCAGACAGCGAUGAGGGAUGCACUCCCAACAAAACCGCAGAGGACCCUGAGACGAGCCGUAGCUCAUCCAGAUGCUCCUCGAACUACAAGUCACAGUCUCUCAACACUUCAUCCAGCAGGCCUCCAUCCCCUGGUGAACAUAACACUUUAAGCGGAGAAGAGUUUUUCCCAGAAAAGCCCCCGUCGAAGAAAGGGAAAAGUCUUCUCCGUAAAAUGGAGAAGCUGCGAUUAAGAGGGAAUAACCAACAGUCACCUGCUCAAAGUGGGAAAGCCAGACUUGUCAUAAGCGAGCCAAUAUUGCAGGAAGGCCUUUGUGAGGAAAGGCUGAAGCAUCUUCAGUGUCUCGACAUACCGAGAAGUCCUGCAUCCUGCACACCACCUUCUGGUUCGAGCAGCAGUCCUUCCGAGUCCAGCAGUGCCGUCAGCACACCGAGUCCCGUCGCCAGGGUCCGCAGCAACUGCAAACGUCCUGGCUUGCCCACACAAGAGGUCGGGCAGGAACAAAUCAACGUCAACCCCGUCUUCAAAAUUCCACAAGGACACAAGCCUGGGACGUUCCCUACAGUGCUCACUCACAACAGCGCCUUCUCGCCCCUAGAUGACACUUCCGUCAACUGGAGGACUGGAAGUUUUCAUGGUUACCGAGGUAGACUCUGUAAAAGCAGCAGCUCCAAAGACCAGGAACAAGCUUGCAGCCCUUUGGCUACUUACGAUCACCGCGCCAGUAUUUAUGAUAACGUCCCAGAUGAUAUGCAGAUCACGGACGAUGACGUGUUUUCAGCAUUGGACAGUGUGAUGGAACGGAUAUGUGGACUGCAGCAGUUAGUUACCUCGUGGACGGACAAGCUGUCAGAGGAUGGGGAUUCAGAUUUCUCCCACUCUGGUUCUCCCUCGCCCUCUUCUCUGACUGACAUCCACCUUGAGAUCAAAGAUCCAGAAGAGACAGACGAAGUUGCCCCAGAGAAGACUUACAACAAGAGCCCAGAAGCGUUUGCACACACCUCCGAACCUACAGAGCAUACAGAUCGAGUUCAAAGGCCCCACUGGUCCAGUGCACAGAUGCUUUCAUUGAAUAACUCCGGCACAGGCAUCGAGGCCAAAUUAGCACCACAUGUCUCCAUGCUACAAAGAUUGAGCCUUCUCAGGCUCACGGCUCUGAUGGACAAGCACUCACCCUUCAGCAAACAAGGCUGGAACUGGACGGUACCGAAGGUCUACCGUAAAGUGAAACCUUUAGAGCACAAGAGCCGAAAAGUCUUUGGAGUCCCACUGCUUCAGAGCGUCCAGCAAUCUGGAAACCCUCUGCCGCCGAGCAUCUUAAGAGCUAUGGAGUUCCUAAAAACUGAGUGUUUGGAUCAGGUCGGGCUUUUCCGAAAGUCUGGGGUCAAAUCCCGCAUUCAGAAUUUAAGGGAAAUGGUGGAGGCUGAUCCCGACGGCGUGUCCUUUGAAAAUCAGUCUGCCUUUGAUGUGGCCGACAUGGUGAAGCAAUAUUUCAGAGACCUCCCUGAACCAAUUUUCUCCAGCAAACUGUGUGAAACCUUUCUGCACAUCUACCAAUACUUCCCCAAAGAUCAACAGUUUGCAGGAGUCCAAGCAGCCAUCUACCUCCUGCCUGAUGAGAACAGGGAAGCCCUUCAAAGUCUCCUCCUCUUUCUCCAAGAAGUAGUGGCGUGUGUGGAGGAGAACCAGAUGACCCCGACCAACAUCGCCGUGUGCAUGGCGCCCUCCCUCUUCCACCUCAAUUCUUUCAAAAGAGACAGAACCAGCAUGAGGUCCAGACAGCGGAAAUACAGCUUGGGAAGACCGGACCAGAGGGAUCUGAGUGAGAACCUGGCAGCGACACAGGGACUGUCACAUAUGCUCACCGAAUGUUCUCGCCUUUUCCAGAUACCAAAAUACUGGGAAUCCCAGAGAGCUGGCAGCUUUACUGAAGACUCACUGCAAAGCGAUGCAAGUAUAAGCCGUUUUUCUCGCUGUGGAGAAGAUGAAAUUACAGAGCGUGCCAGGCUGUCCCUGCUCACACAAAAACUCCUACGGGAGGCGAGAGAGAAAUCUAAAGGCUGGGUAUCCUGCUUGAGCUCUGAUCAUGUGGACGUGGCAGCCAAAAAGGUGGAUGAUGGUUACCCUCUACGACUGUGGAGAGCAACAACAGAAGUUGAUGCUCCUCAGCAGGACGUCUUUCACCGUGUGUUACGAGAACACAGCCAAUGGCAGAAAGAUCUUCUGCACAGCGAGGUGGUGGAGAAUCUGGAUGAGGAUGCUGAAGUGUAUCACUACAUACUUAACGCCGCAGGAUCCAGGCCACCCCUGCAACAUGUGCUUCUGAGGACUUGGCAGUCUGAUUCUUCGGCGGGGUCCCUGUUCGUGUCCUCCGCAUCUGUCGAACACGCCGCCGUGGCCAGCCGAGGAGCUCAGGCUAAAGUUCUCUGCUGUUGUUUCCUAAUCGAGCCGCUGGGGUCAAAAAAGUCACGAAUCACGCACCUCUGCCGAACAGACACGAGAGGCCGAUCUCCAGAAUGGGACCAUAAAGUAGGAGGACACCUGGUUUCAUCUGCGUUGAUGGCCAUAAGGGACUCCUUUAGAAGCAAAACAAAAGACUCAAAGGCACAGUAAGGGCUGCAAAGAGUCAUUUGUUAAGCCCCGGACAGCUUUAGAAUCCCAGAGCUAUCCGUCAGCUCAAAAAACGAGAAAAUAUACAGAAUAAACGAAGUGACUUUCACAGAGGGAGCUCCAAAGCUCCAAGAUGAUGAAGUGAAAUCUUCGACAUCGCUCCGGAAUCCCGGCAGCCUCGGAGAGUUACGAGAGCGCUUUAAUGCGAAGACCAUUCAGCCUGCAGACAAGGAACAACAACAGUGUGAUGAGGUCCUCCACGAGAGCCGGUGCGUUUGGCAUUAUCAAGACUGACAAGAGAGAGUGUCAGAGUAAUGAAAUGUCUCAUCCGAUUUAAAGGACUAUUCCACGGGCUAAUGCGUUGCAGAGGUCGCAUUCGACACUCUCGACUCUCGCUGUUUUUAAGCAUUAAAGGAAGGACUUGGUGACAUGAUUUGGAAAUCUAACACUCUGUAUACAACAGUGACAUAGAGGUCAAGUCUUCAAACAUGCCUGUUACUGUAUCAUUUUAAGCGCGCAUCUUCGAGGCAACAUUCUUGCAUACUGUAGUGACUGUGACAUUGAUUCAGGCAGGCGUGUUUUUUCGUCUGGAAGCUGCCACGUUUGGUUUUAUUUAUUCAGAAAGACGGUCAGAUCAAGCCAACACCUCCAUCCGAGGUGGCACAUUACAACGCUUUACCCUGCCGGACUCAAAUGCUACCACUGUCAUGUCUAAUUAUUUUGCAUUUUAUGUGAAAAAAAGCUACAUUUUAUUUGA